AAAUCCAUCUUAUUCCUUCAUGUAAACAUUACCAGGAAGCUGAAGCAGCAGCACACUGACCCUCCUCUCAGAGAGAGGAGUUAUAAUCAGAGCUCCACGGUCCUGACAAGUCACUCCGCCGUGUGGAGGUGAUUUACACGCGCACUUUCCCAUCUUACAAAUAUUAAUUCUGUUUCAUCAGAGCUACUAACUGGCUUUAAAGCGCCGACGGGAUAAAAAAAAGAGGAUCUAUUCGACCUCCGAAUCAAGAAACGAUCUGAGUCCUGCUGAAACCUUUUAAACUCCUAUCAACAUGUCGUCUUACUAUGCAGCUGCUAUAUCAGCCCUUCAUACAUCCAACCAACCGAUCAAUCAGCCUUUCCCUGAGAGGACACGUAAGACUAGCAGCAGUAAGAGUCACACAUCCAGCAAGAAGCCCAGCUGCCCUCCAUCUUUGCAGAAGCGUUCUCCUUCACCUGAGCCUCCUGGAUUUUAUGAAGAGCAACAGGAGAACCCUUCAGACUAUGGCAUAGGUGGUUAUUACCCAGUAGAGAUUGGAGACAUUUUUGUUGACCGCUAUCAAGUCCUUAAAAAGUUGGGAUGGGGUCACUUCUCCACAGUAUGGCUCUGCUGGGACAUGAUAACAAGGCGCUUUGUUGCUCUGAAAGUGGUGAAGAGUGCAGAAACAUUCACAGAGACGGCUCUGGAUGAGAUCAAGCUGCUCAAAUGUGUAAGGGACAGUGACCCUCGAGAUCCCAAACGUGAGAGAAUAGUGCAUCUUAUUGAUGACUUCAGGGUCUCUGCUCCGACUGGUGAGCAUGUGUGCAUGGUCCUGGAGGUUCUUGGUCACCAGCUGCUCAAGUGGAUCGUCAAAUCCAACUACACAGGGCUCCCCCUGCCUUGCGUUAAAAGUAUCCUCAAACAGGUUUUGCAAGGUUUAGAUUACUUGCACACUAAAUGCAAAGUCAUCCAUACAGACAUAAAGCCAGAAAACAUCCUCCUGAGAGUAGAUGAGGUUUAUAUUAGAAAGCUUGCAGCUAACACAAAGCUGUGGCAGUCAUCCAUUCCUCCUCCUCUCAGCAGCUCAGUGAACCGAAACCCAAGAGAAAAACAGAGUGUGUUCAACUUCUUUGGGAAGCUGAUGGGGGGUUUGCAAACUCUUGGCCAAUGGUCCAGCAAGGUUUCCAGGAGCCAAAAUAAGCGGUUAUCGGCGAAGGACAAAAGCUGUCGAGGACAGAAGAGUGCAUCAGAGCUGAAAUCAGACAAACUCACUGUGACUUUUUCUGAAGACGCUGGUGCCGUUUCAAGCACACAGCAGUCCACUUGUAAUUCAAAGCUCAAAGGCCUCAACCUUAAGAUAAGGAGACAAACUUUGCUGUGUGAAGAUGGAGUGGACAGUGUCCCCCGCAGCUACAGACACUCACUGGGCUCAUGUCCAAACUUUAGCAUGGAUGCUCCUGCCUCUGGCUCCAGGUCUGUGUUAUUCCCCCAAACUUCACACACCGAGCCGGUUCCAGCCUCCUCAGCUAGAGGAACCAGUGACAUAGAUGUAGCUUUAGACCUUCUAAAGCCUCAGAAUGCUGACAAGAUUGUUGUGAAGAUUGCAGACCUGGGAAAUGCCUGCUGGGUGCACAAACACUUCACUGAAGAUAUUCAGACAUGCCAGUACCGCUCCAUUGAGGUACUGAUUGGUUCAGAGUAUGACACUGCAGCUGACAUUUGGAGUACUGCCUGCAUGGCUUUUGAGCUGGCUACAGGAGACUACUUGUUUGACCCCCAGUCUGGAGCCUCAUUCUCCCGAGAGGAAGAUCACAUUGCUCAUAUAAUUGAGCUGCUUGGACCUCUUCAAACCCAGUUUGCUCUCUCUGGGAGAAAAUCCAAACAAUUCUUCAACAGAAAAGGACAACUGCGGCACAUCUCAAAACUGAAACCAUGGAGCUUAUUGGAGAUCCUGCUGGAUAAGUACGAAUGGCCCAAAGAGGAAGCUCUCCAGUUCAGCUCCUUUCUCCUCACCAUGUUGGAACUGCAGCCUCAGAAAAGAGCCACAGCUGCUGAGUGUUUGAAACAUCCCUGGAUUACCUCCUAAAGACAGCAGCUUCAUGCCUUUCAGAGAACAGCAGACAGCGUUAAAUCAGCCGUGCUCGCAUCGGGAAAAACUCUCACCCAAGUUUUACUUUUUUAUUACAUCGGUUGUUUGAUCCUUUGAAAUUGCAAUAUCUCACAUUUCCCAUAUUCUAAAUGUUCCUUCCUUCUUUAUAAUAUGGUACUUUUUCAAUAAAAUGUAUAAGAACUUAUAA